AUGGAGGCUGGUUCCGUGGUACGAGCAGUCUUUGAUUUCUGUCCCAGCGUCUCUGAAGAGCUGCCUCUCUUUGUGGGAGAUGUCAUCGAGGUGCUGGCUGUGGUGGAUGAGUUCUGGCUCCUCGGCAAGAAGGAAGGUGUCACAGGACAGUUUCCUAGCAGCUUUGUGGAACCUGUGGAUAUUCCCCCUUUGAAGCAGGGAGAAAAACUGUUUGUUUGUACCAGUGACUUCACAUCUCAAGAGCCAGGGAGCUUGUCAUUGCAAAGAGGAGACCUCGUGGUCCUGGGGGGGUCACUGGCCUCCAGCUGGCUCCAGGGCCGAAGCAGCUGGGGUUCCAAGGGCUUUUUCCCCUCAUCAUGUGUGCGGGAGCUGUGCCUUUCAGUUCGGAGCCAUCAGCUGUCCCAGAGUGCUCUCCUGGAGGUGCCUGCCUACUCACUGGGCCAAGCCCGGGCCCUGAUGGACCUGUCUGCUCAGCUGGAGGAGGAACUGGACUUCAGGGAAGGGGAUGUGAUCAACAUUGUUGGUGUCCCAGAGCCUGGCUGGUUUGAAGGCGAGCUCAGAGGCCACAGGGGCAUCUUCCCAGAGGGUUUUGUGGAACUGCUCACUCCUUUGCGAGCACCAGGAGCCUCUGUGGAUCCAGAGCCCACAGGGACUUGUGACACCAAUGGGACAGUGGAGGUACCCCCCAAGGAGGAUGAGGAGCCAGGGAGCACCUAUGGUGUGGCCCUCUAUCAGUUCCAAGCCCUGGAGUCCAAGGAACUGGAUUUUGAUGUGGGUGACAGGAUUCGGAUCAUAGGCAUUCUGGAGGAUGGCUGGCUAGAGGGGGAGCUGAGAGGGAAAUGCGGCAUCUUUCCACACAGAUUUGUGAGGCUGGAAGCUUCUGAGCCUUGCAGGGAAAAGAAGGGUGCUGGAGAUCCCCAAGGUGAAGGCAGCUGUCAGGUCACCAUCCAUCAAGACCCAGAAAGCACCUGCUUCAAAGCUCUUCCUUUGCCAGAGAAAGAUGACAGGGAAGAGGAGGAUGGCUUGCAUGCACACCCUGAGCCUGACACCGUUUUGUCUCACACGGCAGGGAGAACAGAAGGUCACCUUGGCACAGAUUUGAAGCAGCAUCAGGCCUUUCCUGGCACAGGACAGCAAGGGCCACAUCCCAAAGGCACAGAAGACUCCCCCUCCUUUGACUGCACAGAGACAGUCAAUGGCCUUCUCCCCACUGCUCAGCUGCCUCCCCAAUGGGGCAACAGGCCUGGCCAAGCAGGUGAAGUGGAGCCUGAGGGGACAGUUUCAGCCUCCCCAGGAGACUCAGAAAUUCACACCCUGCCUAAGUACGAUGAAGGCAGUCCCACUGUGCCCCCACAGACUCCUCACUCCCCCCCAGAUCCUUCCAGAAGCCAGGUGAUUUCUUCUCCUAACAGCUGGGCAGCAUCCAAGCCUCAGGAGAGCCAGAGCAGCGCACAGGACCUGGAUGGUUGGGUGGACAAUCAACAGGAGAAGUCCAAACAUUCUUCCUCCAGCUUGGGAGGUGCUCAGGUGGGCCUGGACACAUGGGCUGGGAGCUGGGGGGAUUGCUGUCCGCUCACAGCGCAGGGGGAUGGCACCACGGACCUUGACUCCAAACUGACAGAGCAGCUGGCGCAGUUUGAGAAGAGCCUGUCGAGUACUGGAGCUGAGCAGGACAAGGUCUCCCGCCACUUCUCUAUCUUGGACUACAGCUCUGAGAAGGACAUAGUCCGUGGGUCUCCUGAGUGUGCCCCCCACGCCAGGCAGCCAGAGAGGAGGAAGGCCCUGAGGCCACCCCCUCCUCGCCCUAGCAGUCUUGCGACAACCCCUGUGCAUGCGCUGGCUGGCCAGGUGCCCAAAGGCAGGUCUCUGUCCUUCUCGGUCAAGCCCUCCCGGCCUGCACCCCGACCUCCAUCGAGCAGCCAGCGGAAGAACGCGGCCCCUCCACAGCUUCAACCCAGUGCCCAGGAGCAGCGGGUGGAGGAGGGACGUGAGGAUUCAACACGGGCAGGAUCAGCUUCCCCCCGCUCCAUUUUGCUGACGAGGAUCAGAGAGGUGGAGCGAGACCUGGAGGCUUAUGGCAAGACCCGCGCUGAGCUAAGCCUGAUGCUGGAGGAGCAGCAGGAUGAGCUGGUGAGAGCGGAGACCCUGGAAAACCUUGACUUCUGUGACUCCAACAUCGAGGGCCUGAGCAUGGAGCUGCAGGAGCUGAGAGGAGAUGGUAGUGGCAGCCUGGGGUCAGGCACCUGCUACACACAGUUGGAGACACAGGAUGUGGACUACAGUGGCUGUGAGGACCUGGAAGAAGCAGCUCCAGGGCCCGGGAUGCCAGCCAGGAGCAGCAGCGGAGCAGAAUGGGCAAGGGUACGCACAGGCCGGCCAGACUGGAGCCAGAUCUGGGAGCAGGAGGCCAAGGAAACAAACAGGGUGGGCUCCAUGCUGCAGCGAAACAGCUUCUACAGACGGACGGCUCCCAGCGCCCUGCGGCACUCAGAGUUUGUGCAGACCAGGAAGGAGAAGCGAG